UCAGUUAGGUUCGUAUUUCGUCCCCAGCGUUAUCUCCUUCCCCUUGAAUAAAAGCCCUUGAAUUCCCUCUCUCACUAUAAGACUUAGAGAGAGAGAACAAAGAGAAUGGCUUCGAUCGCUUCUCUCUCCUCUUCCCUCUCAUCUCUUUCUCUAACACCCAAAACCCCCUCAAAACCCCUCAUCUCUCAUCCCUUCAACUUCAACUUCCCUAAACUGAAAACCCCACAACUUGGGUUGAUCAAAAAAUCACAAAAACUUCCAUUAAUCUCUGCAACUAUUGCAUCUCCCUCUGGUCUCGAGACUUCGGACUUGAAAAAGUAUGUGAAAUCCAGGCUCCCUGGUGGUUUUGCUGCUCAGACUCUUAUUGGAACCGGGAGAAGGAAGUGUGCGAUUGCUCGAGUUGUUCUUCAAGAAGGGAGUGGGCGCUUCAUUAUCAAUUAUCGUGAUGCAAAGGAAUACCUGCAAGGUAAUCCAUUAUGGCUGCAAUACCUCAAGGUCCCACUUAUAACUUUGGGUUUAGAUAGCAGUUAUGAUGUGUUUGUUAAGGCGCAUGGAGGGGGGCUAUCUGGUCAGGCCCAGGCCAUCUCUCUAGGAGUCGCACGUGCUUUGCUGAAGGUGAGUGGGAAUAACAGAGGGCCCCUCAGAAAGGAGGGCCUCCUAACGAGAGACUCGAGAGUGGUGGAGAGGAAGAAGGUUGGCCUCCAUAAGGCUCGCAAGGCUCCACAGUACUCGAAACGUUGAGGUACUGAGAGCACACCUCUCUCUCUCUCUCUCUCUCUGUCAUUUUACCUGUUAUUUUCUUUCUUCUUUUGCUUAAGUGAAUCUGUCAUUUUCCUUGUUUGUAGAGAUAAUCUACAUCUUGCCUUUUGCUUUUUGUUCUUGUUAAGUUGGAUGGAGCUUUCAUCGACUUUCUAAUUCUAAGUAUUCUUCCAUGAAAAGCAGCAAGUUCUUUA